AUGUCUGAAAUCGGUAUCUUCCUCAUUUUGCACGUUGUCAAUAAAGAAGAACUUCUUUCAGUUUUUUUUUCGGCAUUUUUCUUUUUUUUUUCUUUUUUUGUGAAUUUUCUUUCUUCUCGCUUCUGUUUUUCUUCCUUCUUUUUUAAUUUUUUUCCGAGAGGAACAUAUCUAUCUAUCUAUCUAUCUAUAUAUCUGUUUGUCUGUCUAUCUAUCUGUCUGUCUCAGACUGUCCUUUUCUAUUUAAAUUAUUCUGUUCUUAUUUUAUCUAUCCAUCUAUCUAUCUAUCUAUCUAUCUAUCUAUCUAUCUAUCUAUCUGUUUGUCUAUCUAUCUCAGUCUUUCCUUUUCCAUUUAAAUUAUUCCGUUCUUAUUUUAUCUAUGUUUAUCAUUUUUUUCUAUCUAUCUAUCUAUCUAUCUAUCUAUCUAUCUAUCUAUCUAUCUAUCUAUCUGUUUGUCUAUCUAUCUGUCUGUCUCAGUCUGUCCUUUUCUAUUUAAAUUAUUCUGUUUUUAUUUUAUCUAUCUAUCUAUCUAUCUAUCUAUCUAUCUAUCUAUCUAUCUAUCUAUCUGUUUGUCUAUCUAUCUGUUUGUCUAUCUAUCUGUCUGUCUCAGUCUGUCCUUUUCUAUUUAAAUUAUUCUGUUUUUAUUUUAUCUAUCUAUCUAUCUAUCUAUCUAUCUAUCUAUCUAUCUAUCUGUUUGUCUAUCUAUCUCAGUCUUUCCUUUUCCAUUUAAAUUAUUCCGUUCUUAUUUUAUCUAUGUUUAUCAUUUUUUUCUAUCUAUCUAUCUAUCUAUCUAUCUAUCUAUCUAUCUAUCUCAGUCUAUUCUUUUCUAUCUAA